AAGGCCACCCACUCCGACCAGUCACUGCUGCUAUCUAGUAUCUGCAUCGCUUAAUCUGCUUCCUUGCUUGUUCGUCUUCCUCCGUUUCAUCAUCUCCGUGCGGCCAUGAUGCCUCAUCUCUGGACCCCUCACUACCAGGAGCUAGCUAAAACCAUUUGCUAAUGACAGAGUAUAGAUGAGAUUAAGGAUAAACUAGCGCGCACCAAACAUCAAUGGAAGUCGUCAACGAUGGAAGACAACACAAAGAUAAGGAAAUACGAGGAGACCAUUAAACGCUUGAUGCAGCAGUUGAAAAUAGUUUGCCAAGAAAGAGAUGAAGCAAGACGCCAAAUUCAAGUCCUACUCAGAAAAUUGCAGCCAUGUACUCCACCUCACACGAGCAAGAAAUCAUCAGUGAGCACCAAACACUGCUCAGGUACGAGCUAUAAAUCAUUCACUUCUCAUUGUGAUUAUUUAUCUCUUGCCAGUGGCGGAACAAAGGAGUCAGAUUAUGUCGCUCUUUCUAGAGACAUUAAUAUGGUUGAUAGACUGGUUUGUGGCAAACCUUUGCCUCAGAAAGGUAGAUUGCUACGAACUGUGACAGAGGCUGGUCCUUUGCUUCACACACUUCUCCUUGCACCGCCUCCACAGUGGCGAAACCCUCCUCCUUUUGACAAUGAUAAUGAGAAGGUCGAUGAUGUUAUUCCCACUUCUUUGAGUUUAGCAUUUCAUGGCAAUUCUCGAAUGUCUUCACCAUCUUUGGAUGUGAAUCCCGGUAUCGUGCAUCUUACUCAUCAUAAUUUUACUGGAAAGAAGAGGAGGUUCCUGUGAGGGUGGAAAGCUAGCUCUGUUCCCUGCCCUCCCCCUUCAAUCUGAUCUCUGCCUAGCUUUUGUGUGUUUGUGCGUCCGUGUGUGUAAAGUAACAGGUGCUUGUGUGUAUAUUUCGAUGGUUAAUAAUAGUUCAACUUCGUUUUCUCUAAUAAAAGGGAAGUCAUGUGCAUAUUA